UACCAUAUUCCAUUUUCUACAUAUUCAUUCAUCUCGUUUUUAAGCAUCAUCAUACCUUUCCACACUUCACAUCCACCAUACCUAGCUUACCCCUAGCAUAUAUUUUCCUCCAUAUUAUUAUCAUUUAUUUUCCUCCUCUUUAUAUAUAUAUAUACUUACAUACACCCCAUUUCUUCUAAACUUCAUUAAUUAAUUCAUCAAUCAAAUGGGGUUUGAUAGUGUUUGUGACACGGGACUUGUCUUAGGACUAAGCCUUAAUUCAUCACCAAUCACCAAGGGUGUGGUGACCGAAAAAAUGGCAAUUUUCGAGCCAUCACUAACGUUAGGUCUUUCUAGCAACUUUCAUCAUGACUACCAUAACACUUAUAACAACAAACUAGUGAGUGAUCUUGGUGGUGGAUUGUAUCGACAAGAUAGCACGGUAAUUAGCGGUGGAGGUUCAUCAUUUUCGAACAAUAACAUGAGUGUGAAAAGGGAGAGAGACCAGCUUGGAACUAGUGAAGAAUGCGAAAGAGUUUCAAAUGAUAAUAAUUAUUCAAGAGUGAUGAGUGCAACAAGUGUUGAUGAUAUUGAAGAUGAUGAUGGUUGUGUUAAUGGUAGGAAGAAACUUAGGCUUACCAAGCCUCAAUCUGCUCUUCUUGAAGAAGCCUUUAAACUUCAAAGCUCUUUAAACCCUCAGAAACAAAAGCAAGAACUUGCAAGGGAGCUAAAGCUAAGGCCUAGGCAAGUUGAAGUUUGGUUCCAAAAUAGAAGAGCCAGGACGAAAUUGAAGCAAACCGAAAUGGACUUUGAACACUUGAAGAAAUGUUGUGAGAAAUUAAAUGAUGAGAAUCGAAGACUCCAAAAAGAGCUUCAAGAACUUAAAGCAAUGAAGUCGUCUCAACCGUUUAUUAUGCAGUUGCCGGCGGCCACUCUCACCAUGUGUCCGUCGUGUGAAAGGAUUGGAGACUCUAAAUCCUCCGCCGUGAAGAACCCUUUUACCAUGACUGCUAAACCUCACUACUUUACUUCUUUCGUUAAUCCAUCUACCGCCUGUUAAUAGAUCAUUAAUUCUUCUUUGUGAUUUAAUCACACACAUAUAUAUAGUUUGGUUAUGAAAA